UCUCAAUCUCAUUCUUCUUGUUCUUCUUCGGCAGCACACAUAGCAAGCAUUUGCGAAUCCCUCUGUCUUCAACCAGCAAUGCCUGCCCAGAAGCGCUCCCUACCCGACUCCCUCGACGAAGGGGACACUUCGCACCACAACCUCUUCCAUUCUCGACAUGCGAAGCAACAACUGCAACAACAUCAGGACCAGUCGCACGAGCACGACGCGGAUCACCACCAUGAAGAAGAGGAACAAGAGGAAGAAGAAGAAGGGGACGGAGAAGGAGAAGAAGAUGAUGACGAGGAAGAAGAAGAAGACGAAGAAGUAGAAGAAGCGGCGCAUGAUAACGACGGCAAGGAAACGCCACAGGAUUCCGACGAAACCCCAUCUUCUGGCUCUGAAGAAAAACCUGAAUUUGUGUAUGUAGAACUUUUGGAAAUACGUAAAGAUGUCCAAUGUCCAAUUUGCCUUGGCAUUAUCAAGAAGACAAGAACUGUCAUGGAAUGCUUGCACCGCUUUUGCAGGGAAUGCAUUGACAAAUCAAUGCGACUGGGGAAUAAUGAAUGUCCGGCCUGCCGCACACAUUGUGCCAGUCGCCGUUCGCUGAGAGAUGAUCCAAAUUAUGAUGCCCUUAUUGCUGCUUUAUAUCCAGAUAUUGAGAAGUACGAAGAAGAGGAGCUAGAAUUUCGUGAAGAGGAGAAGAACCGCAAUAAGCAGAUUCAAGCUUCAAUAGCAAAAGUAGUUCAACGACAAUCAGAAGCACUUGUUAAGAGACGGAAAGAUACACCAGGAGUAUUUCUAACAAGAUCACAGCGUAAUCAACGAAACAUUCAUUCUAGGAGACAAAGUCAAACAAUUGAAGGAUCGGAAGACAAUGAGGAGGACAACGACAAUAAUGAAAAGGAUUCAUCUUCAGCCGAUGAACGAAGUACAGAACACAGGCAGAAAAGGCGAAAGAGAUGGGCUAGAGUUCGCCCCUCUCAACCCUCAUCAUCUAUGGCAAGUCCAGAUGGAGGCAAUGAUAGUGACAUGGAUAUAAGUAGAGAAAAUCGUGGAAUUUCAAGGCAGGUGUCAAAACAUAGAAAGCUUACUUGGGGAAGAGGUGGUUUCAGAAGUCACACACGACAUGGCAGUGGUGGUGGUAGCAAUAGCAAAAGUUCUCGCAGUAGUCGAUUGUCUAAGUUUGUUGAUCAUCUAAGAAGCUUGGAUGAAAACACUAAUGAGUUUGACGUCCGUCUCAUGCUUGUUUCUCUUGAUCAUCAAAAUACACCAAGUUUGCCACAACCUUACCUUUGCUGUCGACCAACUUUGUCUGUGGAGCACCUUUACGAAUAUGUUGCUCGUCAGACACCUUUUCCAGUUGAAGGAAUCGAGAUACUGGCAGUCAAAGGAUGCCACAGCACAAAUCGUGACAAGUCAGCUGAUGAGAAUUCAGCCCUCAUAUAUGAUGAGCUAUCGACGCUGGUUAUAGAGCCACACAAAGAUGAACUGGAAAUUUUACAAGAACACGAGACUCUGGCAGGGCUUAGAUCCAAAUGCAUAUCCAAGAUGGGGCAUUUGAUUCUUGCAUACAGGCGGAAGGAAGUAUCAUAGUCUUGGCUUGAUUGGCGGACAUUUGACAUUAACAGUGUCAUAAAUUUCUUGAGUAUGUACAUAAAAAGAUGAGUUCCCUGUUGCAUCCUAAGAAAAGAA